AUGGUUCAACGAUGUGAUGUUGGAUUUUCCGAUCUCAAGUCGCAGUUGCCUUCCUUAGUAGACAUACCAGGGGAAGAAACAAGGAUUCUUGACUUUUGGAAAAGUCACGAUACAUUCAAAACAUCUUUAAAACACUCCUUCGGGAGACGACGGUUUACAUUUUAUGAUGGCCCGCCAUUCGCUACAGGUUUGCCACACUAUGGUCAUCUGUUAGCUGGGACAAUAAAGGAUAUCAUAACACGUUACGCUCAUCAGAGAGGUUAUCAUGUUGAACGUAGGUUUGGAUGGGACUGUCAUGGAUUACCUGUGGAGUACGAAGUUGACAAAGAGCUUGGAAUUACGGGCCCUCACGAUGUAGAAAAGAUGGGAGUAGCCUGCUACAACAAUAAGUGUCGAGCUAUUGUCAUGCGUUACAGUUCUCAGUGGGAAAAAGUAACAAACCGUCUGGGUCGCUGGAUUGAUUUUGAAAAUGACUACAGGACUAUGUAUCCGUGGUUUAUGGAGUCUGUUUGGUGGGUUUUUAAACAGCUGUAUGAUAAGGGUUUGGUGUAUCGUGGUCUAAAAGUAAUGCCGUUCUCAACUGCAUGCUCAACCCCUCUUUCAAACUUUGAGGCAGGACAAAAUUAUAAAGACGUUCAAGAUCCCUCUGUUAUUGUUAGCUUCCCGCUGGACAAUGAUCCUGAAACUUCAAUGAUAGCUUGGACAACAACUCCUUGGACUCUUGUUAGCAACCUUGCUCUGUGCAUGCAUCCUGACAAAGAAUAUGUUAAGAUUUUGGAUACAUCCAAAAAUCGAAAAUUCAUUAUGAUGAAGGCUCGUCUUACAUCACUGUAUAAGCAAGAAAGUGAAUACAAAGUAUUAGAUACUUUCAAAGGAAGAUCCAUGGAAGGCCUAACAUAUCAACCACCAUUCAGUUACUUCAUACAUCUUAAAAAGGAACGAGGUGCAUUUCGUAUUUUGUGCGAUACUUAUGUAACAGAAGAUGUUGGUACUGGUGUUGUACACCAAGCUCCUUAUUUUGGUGAGGAUGAUUUUCGUGUGUGUCUGAGAAACGGUAUUGUUGGGAAAGAUACACCGAUGAUUUGUCCUGUAAAUCCAAACGGUCGAUUCACUGAUGAAAUUAAGGAUUUUGCUGGGAUGUAUGUAAAAGAUGCGGAUAAGUUUAUUUGUCAGAAUUUGAAAAAACAUGGCCAGUUAGUACAUCAAAGUACAAUUACUCAUAGUUAUCCAUUUUGUUGGAGGUCAGAUACUCCAUUAAUAUACAAAGCUAUUCCUACUUGGUUUAUUCGUGUUGAACAAAUGAUUGAUCGACUGUUGGCUAACAAUGAAAAAUGUCUAUGGGUACCGGAUUUUGUACGUGAAGGUAGAUUUGCUAAUUGGUUACGUGAUGCACGUGAUUGGGCUGUGUCUAGAAAUCGUUUCUGGGGUACACCAAUACCAAUAUGGACAAGUGAUGAUAUGGAAGAAGUGGUUUGUAUUGGUUCUAUUGAAGAAUUGAAACUGUUAUCUGGCGUAGAGGUUACAGAUUUACACAAAGAGUUUGUUGACCCAAUCACUAUUCCAUCAUCAACUGGACGAGGUGUUUUACAUCGUGUUUCUGAAGUAUUUGACUGUUGGUUUGAAUCAGGAUCCAUGCCGUAUGCUCAGAUACAUUAUCCAUUUGAGAAUACAAAUGUGUUUCAAGAAGGUUUCCCAGCAGAUUUCAUCGCUGAAGGUAUUGAUCAAACACGUGGUUGGUUUUAUACAUUAUUGGUAUUAUCCACUGCAUUAUUCGAUCAACCGCCAUUUCGUAAUUUAAUUGUUAAUGGAAUAGUUUUAGCCUCCGAUGGACAGAAGAUGAGUAAACGUGCUAAAAACUAUCCAGAUCCAGUUGAAGUUAUAAAUAAACACGGUGCAGAUCCACUACGAUUAUAUUUGAUUAAUUCACCGGUGGUUCGAGCACAAAAUCUACGAUUCAGUGAAUCUGGUGUACAUGAAAUUGUAAAAGAUGUAUUUCUGCCAUGGUGUAAUGCAUUACGAUUUUUAAUUGAGUCAUCAAUCUUUCCAUAUCAAAAAACGACUCAUCAAUUAUUCAUUGUAAAAUCAGAUGAGUUUCCUUCGACAAAUAAUUUUAUGGAUCGUUGGAUUUUAUCAUUUACUCAAAGUCUAAUACUGUUUGUACAUGAAGAGCUUUCAGGUUAUCGUUUGUACACAGUGGUACCGCGUUUAGUAAAAUUUAUUGAUCACCUUGUUAAUUGGUAUGUACGAAUGAAUCGUAAACGUUUAAAAGGAGAUGUUGUUGAAAAUCAAGAUGAUUGGAAAGCAGCUUUGCACACCCUAUUGAAAGUGAUUUAUCAGAUUACAUGUUUAAUGUCACCUUUCACUCCAUUUAUAACUGAAUUUAUCUAUCAACAUAUCAAGGGUUAUCUUGAUUAUACUGAUAAUUUGAAAGAUCGUAGUUCUCUUCUUCCCGGUUAUUCAUCUGAAACUGGUGCACCCGAUUCCAUUCAUUACAUUCAAGCCCCUGAACCAAAAUUAGAAUUGAUCUCACAUGAAAUAGAAGAUAUUGUCUAUUGGAUGCAAUCUGCCGUGGAAUUAGGUCGUAUAAUACGUACUCGUUGUAAUCUUCCAUUAAAAGCACCAUUACGUGAAGCUAUUGUUAUUCAUUCAGAUCCGAAUAUUUUGAAAAAUAUCAAAUCUGCACAAACAUAUAUUAUUGAAGAGUUGAACGUUCGUGUUCUCACUACAACUAGUGAUAAACAUCGUUAUGGUGUUCAACUUCGUGGUAUAUUAAAUCAUAAAACACUGGGUGUACGACUUAAAAAUGAUUAUAAAUCUGUUGUGAACAUGGUGAAAGACAUGUCAACUGAAGAAUUAGAACAAUUUGUCAGUACUGGUCGUCUAGUUGUUUGUGGGCAUGAAUUAUCCGGUGACGACUUAUCAGUAGUAUAUUCGACUGGUGUUAGUAGUAGCAGUGGGUGUAGUGACACACAGUCAUCUAAAUCUAGAUCAAAACUUAAAUCUGAACAACCACCGUCAUCAUCCUCCACAUUGAACGGGAAUCAUCAAAUAGACUCAUCCAAAUAUGAAACAGCUUCAGAUGCUAAAGGUCUAUUGGUAAUAUUAGAUACAACUCCAGAUGUCGAACUGGAAAAUGAACGUUUAGCUAGAGAACUUGUUAAUCGUAUACAACGAACACGUAAAAAGGCUGAAUUGCUUCCUGAAAAUCCAAUUGUUAUAUUAGCAAUUACGGAUUUAGACUGUUAUUACAAUAUUGCUGGACCAAAUGGCAACUAUUUAAAUUUUAUUCAAUCAACUAUUAAACAACCAUUCAGUGUUAUAAAACAAUCAUCAAUAAAUAAUAUUGUAGAUAUUAGACAAUGUGCUAAAUCUAUUCUACCUGAUGGUUGGGAAUUAACUACUGAAGUGAUACGUGAUACAGUUUCAAUUCCACCGGAUAACAUUGAUCUAAUUAUCUUUUCAAGAAUACCAACUCAUGAAGUUAAUAAUCAAAUUAAAAUUAAUAUAAAGAUUAAUACAGUUGAAACAAAACACCGACCAAUAUUUGUUAAUGUUAUAAAUUAUACUAACAAUACACAAAGUAUUAAAGUACAAUUAUGUGAUUCGAAUAAUCAAUGGUUUGUCCAUAGCGUAGAUGAUUUAUUACGAAAGGUGAAGUGUGCUUUUGGUUGGUCGACUAAUAUCAAUUUACAAUUGUACACUGCAUUAAAUACUGAUAAUAUGAAUGAUUUAAAACUACUUGCACAUGUUACACCUAAUCAAUUGAUCAAUUUGGACGGUAUCACUUUGUAUGCUUCUGUUUAA